AUGAGCACCUUUGAACCUGUUGUUGUGAUUGACGGAAAGGGACACCUCCUCGGUCGACUCGCCUCCACCGUUGCCAAGCAGAUCCUCGACGGCCAGAACAUUGUCGUUGUGCGAUGCGAGGCUCUUAACAUCUCCCAGGAGUUUUUCCGAUCCAAGCUCAAGUACGCCGCUUACCUGCGAAAGGCCACCCGAUUCAACCGAACUCACGGUCCUUUCCAUUUCCGAGCCCCCUCUCGAAUCUUCUACAAGGCCGUUCGAGGUAUGAUCCCCCACAAGACCGCCCGAGGUAAGGCUGCUCUGGAGCGACUCAAGGUCUUCGAGGGUAUCCCUCCCCCUUACGACAAGAAGAAGCGAAUGGUGGUCCCCCAGGCCCUGCGAGUUCUGCGACUCAAGCCCGGCCGAAAGUACUGCACCGUUGGCCGAGUCUCCCACGAGUUUGGCUGGAAGUACCAGGACGUUGUCGCCAACCUCGAGGAGAAGCGAAAGGUCAAGUCUGCCGCCUACUACGCCAAGAAGUCCGCUCUGUCCAAGAAGACCAAGGCUGCCCAUGCCCAGAUUGCUGACUCCGAGGCCGCCAAGGCUCUCGCCGCUCUUGGUUACUAA